CAGGGGGCGCAUUUCAGCGCUUUAGUUUUAUUCGUGUCAGAGCGUUAGUCGUAGUCAUAUGUGUUGUUAGUUUUCAGUGAACCCUUAGCGAUUCCCAUCCAGCCGUCUGGUUCAUCAACAGCUGCAAUACCGCUAAGCUAAAUUUAGUGCUAGUCCACACGUGCUCACCGCGAAGUUGGUGGUGUGAACGCGUUAACGGAACUUUAUGUGCAAAACGGCCGGACCUGCAUACCUAUGCGAGAUCGCCGGAGCACCUUCACCAAAGAGUACAUAAACAACGUGGUUAACCCCCUCGGAAACCGGCCCACCAGACCAACGGAAAACCACACUACCACCUCCUCGGAGCGUUCCGCAGCUUCUGAUCCUUCUGAAGAUCAGAGUGCGAAAAUGCUGAUGCCCAGUGGACUUCCGGCCAACGAGGCCGAUGGUCUUGGACUCGGAGGCCUGGGCACGAACACAAACACCAACAACGGAGUGCAGCAUAAGGACACCACAUGGACCAAACUGUUCGUGGGUGGACUGCCGUAUCACACCACGGAUCAGUCGCUAAGAGAACAUUUUUCGGUUUAUGGGGAAAUCGAAGAAGCGGUGGUCAUCACUGAUAGACAAACGGGGAAAAGUCGAGGAUAUGGAUUCGUAAUUAUGGGAGAUAAGUCUUCAUCAGAUAGAGCAUGUAAAGACGCUAACCCCAUUAUUGACGGGCGAAAAGCGAAUGUGAAUUUAGCGAUUCUGGGAGCGAAACCGAGAGGAAAUGCGCAAACGGGUUUCCCGUUUCAAGGAAUCCGGGCUGGUUAUCCUGCACUUCUUCCGGGCCAGUACGGAAUGCCUCCUGGUUAUGUGUACCAAUCUCCAUACCUAACUGCUGCUGCUCCUGGAAGUCUUGUACCUCUUCCAGCAACUCAACUGACCCACGCAGCUGCAGUUGCUGCCGCCACAUCCCAGUUUUACGAGUAUCAGAAUGCCGCAGCUGUUGCAGCUGCAGCUGCCGCCCCUUAUACAGGACAGUACGCGAAUGGAUUUGAUGCAUAUACUCCAUAUACAGGAGCUGCAGGGGCUGCAGGUUAUCUACCAUAUACUUAUACACUUCCUCAAACACCUGGACUCCCAACAGCAACAGCAGGAGCUUUUCCUGCUAUUCCCUAUCAAGCAGCAGCUCAAGCUCAGACGUUACAAGAAGCAAGAUUGCAAUAAAUUAGUUAUUAAAUUAGCACAUCCGCUUCGAAAUCGGCUGUUUAACCGCAUUUUGGAAAGUCAUGCGCCAUCUGUUGAACGGGUUUGGAGAUUUCUUCGCUUCGAACUGUUUUAGGAUGUGCUUUGGCGCUAGAUUCGUCGAAUGUUUUUUACUCAUUUAUUGGAUAGUGCCGAAACUAGAUAUAAAUUGACUACAGGCGAGUUUACCCUUAGGUAAAUUUUGUGAAUGUAAUAUUAUGUAUUACAAAAACCAAAACAUUAUGAAUUAAUGAAAAAAAAACACAAAAUCAAAAUUAAAAAAAUAUACAAGUGGUCUGUCAAAAGUAUUUUUACAGCAUCUCAAAAACUAAUACACAGAAAUGAACGUUUGCUAUUAAGUUUUUUUUUAAUUUUUUGUACUUACCAGGAAUCGUAAACAAAAAUGACGGUUGCCAUUAAAAGAAAUGACAUCAUUCCUUAAAAACGAUUGACGUCAUAAAUUUUGAAAUAAUGUCAAUCGACCUGUUCGAGAAUUUUUUUGAAAAAUAACAAAGGUAUGAAUUUUAUGCGUUACUUUAAUCUCACUCUGUAUAUUAAUUCUGAUUAGAAAAAUUUUGAAGAACUUCCCAUGCAUAGAGACAAGUAUUAGCUGUUUCAAAACUAUAAAAACGCCAACGUCGCAUUUUACCGAAUUAUUUUUUUUAAAUAAGAUUGAUAGAAUUGUAAAGUAUUUAUUAAUGGUUAGAUCUCUCAUUGAAAGUAUAAAUCACAUUAGCUAUUAGUUUUUCGAAGUGCAUGUAUAAUUUACAACAAAUUUUGAGAGAAAGUGCGACGUUGGGUUUUAUACUUUUAAAACAGCUAAGAAAAAGUAUUUAAAAACACUGUUUUUUGUGUGAACAAGUUUCCUGACGUGCAGAAAAGAUUCUCCCUUGUACUUGCUAAAAGUACGAGUAUAAUUAAGUAUACAUAUACAUGUAUAGCUGAAUGUAAAAGCCAAAAAUAAUACAAAAAAACAUGACGGUGCAGAAAUGAUAAUUUUUUAUCAGGAGAGGAAACAAAAACAAUUACAGAAACAUUAGGUAGGUGCUAUUUUUUUAUUGAGCUCUUUAUUUAGUAAGAAAUAGUAGAUAAUGAGAGGCUGCACAAACCGUAGCGCAACUGGAAAACGAAACUAUAGUUUUGCAUUUUUCUAUGAUUUUAUUUACAUUUUAUUAUUUUAAUAUUUUUCUUCGCCUAUACCUAGUUUCGGCACUGUUAUUAGAAAAAAUAGUCCAUUUUUAAAACUGGGAUCUAAUAUGAUUAGAUCUGAUUUUAUUUAAUAAGACAAAGUUAUUUUAAAUUAUUAUUCCACUUAGUUACCAUUUUAUGAGUUAAGUAAUAAUGCUCAAUGUAACAGACUUGAUUGCUCCUACUUUUGCAGAAAGUUUUUGUUGUCACUGCAAAAGAAAGUGCAAUAAAUUCAAGAAUAAGAUAGAUAGCUAAUUACUUGUAGUCUAGUCCUUUACAUAAUUAUAUAAAUAUAUAUAAUAUAUACCUACUUAAAUAUUACUUAAUAAUUUAGUUAUAGUUUUAGUUAUAUGAUGUGCAUUUCAGAAAAAUAUCACAGAACUUUUUAUACUGUUUUGAAUGCGCUCUCUAUUAAUGUCAAAACUUCAAAUCAAUCACGACAUAAAAUAUUUUGUGAUAGAAGUUUCUGAGUCACAUUCUGGUUCGUUUUUGUAAUAUAGUAUCGUUGUUAAGUGUACAUAUAAGCACAAGAAAAUUCUGUGUAAUAGGUUAUCUACUCAAAACAAAAACUUCUCUUCCAAAAGCACAAUUAAACUAUUAGUACUUAAUUGUAUGAAUCUUGCCUAUAUACAUUUUCACGUAUCUAGUUUAGAAUGUAAUUAAAAGUCCCUAAUUUUGUAUCAUUCUGGUCAAUAGCGAUUAAGUCAUUUAACAAAUGCAAAUGUAGGGGUUUUUAAUAAAAUAUGUUCCUUGAAUGGGCAUUGGCAGACAGUAAAGAUCUUAACAAUUAGUGCCUUUGAAUAUUUCUUGUGAUAGAAACGUACUGUCUAGUCAAUUUUUUACAGAAUGUUCCGUCCAACUGACUAGUGCCCUAAUUAACUGUCAUGCCUUAAAGGUAGUGUAAACUUUUGUGGAAAUGUACAUAAUAAACAUACAAUAGAGCUGAAUAAAGUUUACAACAUUGUA